AUGAUACCCACAGAACCAACCAGCCAGCAGCUCCUGUCCUUUCUGUGGCUCGUCUGGCUACUGGCCUUGUCCUCUCUCUCUCUCUCUCUUUCUCUCUCUGCGCCAGAAUGGCCAUGGAGGAGAAGAGACUUGGCUCAAACUAUCCGUAGUCCAAAGCAGUCCCAGUCUACCUGGCAGGACUUUAGGAGGAAGGUGUGUCUGCUCCUUCCGUAUAUGUGGCUCAGAGGGAAUGUUCUGCUGCAGGGUUUGGUUCUGAUCUGUAUGGGUCUGUUGGGCCUAGAGCGAGUUCUGAAUGUUUACGUGCCCAUCUACAACAAGUAUAUAGUGAACGAGCUGUCUGAUAAACAGAACUGGAACACUGUGGCUGUUACUGUUUGUGUGUACGUCCUUCUCAAGUUCCUGCAAGGCCAGGGGGCAGGGACAUCAGGGUUCGUGAGUAACGUGCGCUCCUUCCUGUGGACGCGGGUCCAGCAGUACACCAGCCGCGUGGUCCAGUUACGUCUCUUUGGCCACUUGCACGCCCUGUCCCUGCGCUGGCAUCUCAGUAGACACACAGGAGACGUCCUACGCAGCGUUGACCGUGGUACCUCGUCUGUCAAUAACCUGCUAGAUUACAUUGUGUUCAGCAUUGUGCCCACCAUUGCUGACAUCAUCAUUGCCAUCCUCUACUUUGUUUCCAACUUCAACGCUUGGUUUGGCCUGAUCGUUCUGGUCUGCAUGAUCCUGUACCUCACUCUCACCAUCUUCAUCACAGAAUGGAGAACAAAGCACAGACGAGACAUGAACACACAGGACAAUAUUGCCAAGUCCAGGGCUGUGGACUCGCUUCUGAACUUUGAAACAGUAAAGUACUACAAUUCUGAAAGUUAUGAAGUACGCUGCUUUGAGGAAGCUAUCCUGAAGUAUCAGGUGUCAGAGUGGAAAAGUAAUGCCUCCCUGGCCUUCCUUAACCAAACCCAGAACCUGAUAAUUGGAUCAGGCCUACUGGCUGGAUCGCUGCUCUGUGCAUACUUUGUCACUCAGGACAAGUUCCAAGUUGGUGACUACGUUCUCUUUGGGACCUAUAUCAUCCAACUGUAUACACCUCUAAACUGGUUUGGCACAUAUUAUAGAAUGAUCCAGAACGCCUUUGUCGACAUGGAGAACAUGUUCGAGCUCUUGACAGAGGAGACUGAGGUGAAAGAUGAUGUGAACGCGGGAGAUCUUGUCUUCUCUGAGGGGAGAGUGGACUUUCAAAAUGUGAACUUCAGUUAUAUUGAAGGGAAAGACAUCCUCAAAGAUGUGUCCUUCACUGUCAUGCCUGGACAGACCGUAGCUCUGGUCGGCCAAUCAGGAUCAGGGAAAAGCACAGUCAUGCGUCUGCUUUUCCGUUUCUAUGAUGUAAAGCAGGGUAGAGUGCUCGUCGACGGUCAGGACAUCUCUAAGGUGAAACAGAGUUCUCUCCGCUCGUAUAUUGGCGUCGUUCCCCAGGACACAGUUCUCUUCAACAACACCAUCCGUGAAAACAUUCGCUACGGCCGGAUUUCUGCCACCGACCGGGAGGUGGAGGAGGCCGCCUUGGCCGCCGACAUCCACCAUAAAAUCCUGACCCUCCCUGAAGGGUACAACACCCAGGUUGGUGAAAGGGGUCUAAAGCUUAGUGGAGGAGAAAAACAGAGAGUGGCCAUCGCUCGCACCAUCCUUAAAGCACCUCGCAUCAUCCUCCUGGACGAGGCCACAUCUGCCUUGGACACUCAGACAGAGCGUAACAUUCAGGCUUCUCUCGCCAAAGUGUGCGUCAACCGCACCACUCUAGUAGUGGCACACAGGUUGUCGACAGUCAUUGGCGCUGACCAGAUCCUGGUUCUGCAUGAGGGCCAGAUAGCAGAACGUGGAAAACAUGAGGAACUGCUAGCCAUGGGUGGCCUGUACUGGGGCAUGUGGAAGAAGCAGCAGCAGCAGAGUGAGGACUCAGUCACCUGUUCAGACACGGAGACUCGGGGCCUGGAGGAGAGCCACUGAGCGUGGGAGAGGUCACGGGGCAUUACUCUGGAGAAAAUGAAGAAAAUG